CGGCGCGCGAGAACCCGCGGUGACCGCGGCGACAGCGGUGACCGAGCGAGACAGAGAAAGACGGCAGCGGCCGCGGGAGGUCGCGGGCGCUCUCGGCUCGAGGUCGGUUAGAGGAGGGGCAGCCGCCCGGAGCAGGAAUCAGGUGGAAACUUAGAAUUGUUUAGAGUUGACACUGUGAUUCCAGCCAUGGGUUUGUCUGCAUCUACUCCUGUUGCAGUUCAGACCUCAAAUGCUUCAGAUCAUCAAAGAGCAUCCCCACCUUCUGGAUGCCCAAUGCAUGAAGGGAAGAUAAAAGGCUGUCCAGUGAGCAUGGAACCAUCCGACCCAAGCUGUGAGAGUAAGAAGUACUCUGUACCCGCCCACCAGGACCGUGCAUACGAGUAUGUGGAGUGUCCCGUCACGGGUGCCAUGGCUGGAAAGGAGAAUUUAGAUCCUUCAAAUCUGAUGCCACCACCUAAUCAAACACCAGCCCCAGAUCAGCCAUUUGCACUGUCUACUGUCCGAGAGGAGUCAUCCAUUCCGAGAGCAGAUUCAGAGAAGAAGUGGGUUUAUCCUUCUGAGCAGAUGUUCUGGAAUGCAAUGUUAAGGAAAGGGUGGAAGUGGAAGGAGGAGGAUAUCAGUCAAAAAGACAUGUAUAAUAUCAUUAAAAUUCAUAAUCAGAAUAACGAGCAGGCUUGGAAGGAGAUUUUGAAGUGGGAAGCCCUUCAUGCCAAGGAGUGCCCAUGUGGCCCAUCGUUGAUCCGGUUUGGAGGGAAGGCUAAAGAGUAUUCACCAAGGGCACGAAUUCGCUCAUGGAUGGGGUAUGAGUUGCCAUUUGAUAGGCACGAUUGGAUCGUUGACCGCUGUGGGACAGAAGUUAGAUACGUCAUUGAUUACUACGAUGGCGGUGAAGUCAACAAGGACUACCAGUUCACCAUCCUGGAUGUCCGUCCCGCCUUGGAUUCACUUUCAGCAGUAUGGGACAGAAUGAAGGUUGCUUGGUGGCGCUGGACUUCGUAACCACUGUUUUGAUUGAGAUGGAAAUUAAUAUAAACUAUUUUUUUCUGAGAGAUAUAUUAAACUAUUUUCCCCAAAGUGAGUUGCACUUGUGAUGUAACAUAACUUUAAGUGGGUAGUUGCUCUUCAUCCUCCACUUAGCAAAGGGUACCAUGUGCAUUCACUCUUGGGUCACAUGUGACCUUGCAGUUGAUAGCAGAUCAUUUAUGUUUUGUUCUCACUUAGCUCAAGUGGAAAGUGGUCCCUCUGUUUUUCUUUUAACUCCAUUUUUGCCUGUGUGUUUCAUUUAGGAAAAUCUGAACAACCUCUGAGAAAGAGCUUUUAAAAAGUAGUGGAAGCUGCUUUUUUUCUUACUAUUUUCUCAGGAAUACUUGAAUAAUGAAACAUGGAAGUCAUUGGUGAUACCUGGGAGCUUUACCUGGUUAACUAUUUUAACUAAUGCUGUUCAUUAUUAAGUAAUUGUGUUGUUUAAAAAGGUAGUUCUAAAGUCCUUUAGUAUAGCAUGAGCCCUAACAAAAUGAAAAGGUUUGCACUGGAAAUGCACUCAGCCAAACCAAGGUGUGUCUUUGUUCUCCAAAUUCUCAUUUAUGUGAAUUGUUCAGACUGGACCUUGUUAUAAAACAGGUUCCCUAUAGCAUGAUAUGACUACAUGCUUUGGAACAUAAAUUUUAACUUUUUAAAUGUUUUCCUUUUAGGUCCUUUUAUUCUAACAUGCAGUUCUCCUCAUUGUUCUGGUGUUUGGCAAGUGAUCCCAAUUUUGAGCCCCAUCACCUCCCCUGCUGGGAGCCUUCUCCCCUGCUGGUCAGUCUAACCCAAACCAUAAAAGUCUGACUCAGGUCAAAGUACCGCUACCACUGACGGUCCCUCUCUAAAACAUGAUUGUAUUCGGCUGAGUGCUAAAAUUCACAAGAAGAGUAUUUAACUCAGAUGUAGACUAUUUGCAUUAACUUACUGUCUCAGUUUAUAUUUUUGGUUCUAAGGAAGCUCUAAGUUUUCUGUUGAAAUUCUUUGUACUGGUAACCCAUAACUGGUUGUGCUAAUUAUAGUAGGAUGUUACAAGUGACUGUUUUUUUAAGCCAUUGACAAUAUUAAAUCCUUUCAUUUAUCCUGAGUACUGUAGCGUUAAAUUAGUGGAUGAAAUUGGCAAGUUGUGAGUGAUUACUCCAGUAUGGAUUUCUUUGUUGUAUCAGUUUUAUGUAGAGUUUUAAAAAUCCAACAACCUUAAUUUCUACAUUUCAAAAAUAUUUGUAUGUUUUUAAAUAAAGCUGAUACUUAACAGAUUUUGAAAAAUAUUUUCAGAGUAGCUUUACACUUAAUUGUUUCUUUAGACAUAAAAUCAUUACAGAAAUAAUGCUGUCAUCUCCCUCCUUGAGGCAGCCAUUUUCUUUUAAGCACUUUUUUAUACUGUAGGAGAACAUAAUUACCAUUGGCCCUUUUUGCUUCUAAGUGAUGUUGAGCGUAGGAUAAGGCAUUCUUACGAAAAACCAAGAGUUAUAUCUGGAAACUGAAAAGUAAGCCGUAGACAGGAAUUCACCUCUUUUAAAAAGCUGUAGUAUUUUUUUGCAAUGACCUGGAGAGUGAACUGUUAAGUGAACCUGAUGACAAGAUGAGCAGUUUAAUGCACCUUUCACCACUUCCAGAAGACUAGCUUCUUGGAUACUCAGAGAUGCUUUGUGUCUGGAUUACACUUGAUUAUAUUCAAGGGUAAAUAUUACCUGUUCUGGGAGGAGCUUCCAUAUAUAACCUGAAAAACAUUUUGAGUAGUUGUUGAGGCUUUAAACAAAGUCAUUUGUCUAUGGAAAUAGCACUUUUCAGAAUCAGAACGGGUUACUGUAUAACCUGUACUAAGUACUGGCAGACAAGGUGAGGGUUUAAGUUGGCACCGCAUAUUAACAUUUAUUACUCCUGUGAGUUCACUAGCUAAAG